CUAAACAAAGAAAGAAGAACUCACAGUUUGUUUAGAUGUUCAGCUGCUGUGUGUUUGUUUAUGUCUUUCAUGUUGUGAUGUUUAUGUGUUGAGAUGUUGAAGAUGAGUUUGCAGGUGGAUCUGAUGUGCUGUAAAUCAGUAGGAACUGAUCUGUCCAUGCUGGAUAUUGAUGAUUUGAUGACAGAAAUCUCUCAGCUGAAGAAAGAGGUGGUGUUACUGGAGGCAAAGCUGAGGGAAAGAGGAGAUCCACUGAACGGAGAGGAGCUGGAGAAGGUUUCCUGUCAAUCUUCAGUGUGUGUGACUGAUGGGACAUCCACAGAAUGUCAGGAUUCAGUGUGGAGCAUCAGAGAUCAGAGAUCUGAACAGAGAUCCAGAGACACACAGGAUUCAGAGCUCAGCCUCACUUUACUCUGUUAUACUGACACUCAGGAGAGUGUGUGUGACAGUAAUCAGGGUGAUCAAACCUCCACAGAGUCUCUGGCUUCUGUCUGUAAUGCUGGAGAACAGCAGAUGCUGCAGAUACCAUUGAAGAUGUGUUCAGUGAAGCUGCUGGACUGCAGGAACCUGAUGGAGAUGAGAGGAGAUACCACAGCAGAGGAACAGCAGAGUGAUGAAGAUGAGGAGGAUGAUGAGGAUUUUAUUCAAGACAAUCAUAAUGAAGAAGAAGAACAUUAUGAUGAUGAUGAGGAUUUUAUUCAUCCAGAUGCAAACAGUGGUUCAUCUUCUGAUGGAGAAACAGCUUCUACAUCAAAAGAGAGUCUGACAGCAUCUGACAAAAGAGUUUUGCAGGGACGUUUAACGAGAUAUGAGAGAAAACACAAAAAAAUGAAAUUCUUCAAAUGUAGGACAUGUGGGAGCAGCUUUUCUACCUCAGAAGAGAAGAAACUUCAUUCAGAAGUGCACAGAGUUAAGAAGGAGUUCCCCUGUGAGCAGUGCGGGAAGGUUUUCUUUUCUCCUUCUCUUUUAAAAACUCACGUGAGGACACACAGUGGUGAAAAGCCUUUUCAAUGCAGUGAAUGUGACAAGUGUUUCAGCACUAAAGGAAUUCUUGUUACUCAUGAGAGAACACAUACAGGAGAGAAACCGUACAAGUGUCCUCACUGUGAGAAGAGAUUCAGCCACAAGCCUCAUGUGAAGAAACAUGUCCGUGUGCACACCAAUGAGAGGCCGUAUCAGUGCAGUGAAUGUGGGAAUACAUUCAGGCAGUUAGAUAGUCUAAAGUCACAUCAGAAAAUACACUCUGAGGAGAAACCCUAUCAAUGCACACACUGUGAUAAACGUUUCCGUCACAAAUCUCAGUUGAUAGUCCAUGAGAGAACACACUCCGGAGAGAAACCUUACCUCUGCUCUCACUGUGGAAAGAGCUUCUCUGAUCCAUCUCAUUUCAAAUUGCAUCUAAGAGGGCACACAGGAGAAAAGCCUCAUCACUGUAGUGUUUGUGGGAUGAGUUUCAAUCGACACGAUACCUUUAAAAAGCACAAGAGAAUACACACUGGAGAAAGACCUUACAAAUGCACUCAGUGUGACAAAACGUUUUCUCGACAAGGUAUCUUGAAAACCCAUCAGAGAAUGCAUACAGGAGAGAAACCUUACAGCUGUUCUAUCUGUGGGGAGAGAUUCACUUAUUUAGGAAGUUUAAAUACUCAUCAGAAGAAACAUGCUUAAUGUCAAGAACCAUCAUAGCAUGUUUUUCAUGGUGAUGAAGUAGGUCUUUAUUAAGUUGACUUCUACAGGUAAAUACAUUUUAACACCAAAAGAGUUUCAAAACACUUAGUAGUCCAUACAAAAACACAAAAGUACUAAGGCAUAAUCAGUUUUUUUGGACCUGUACCAUUUUCUAGUAGCACUAUCUAAAUACAAUGGUAUAUACAUAUAGUAUACAAUCACUGAGCACUUUAUUAGGAACACUAUACUAAUACCUGCCUCCCUUUGGUCUCAAAACAGCCUCAAUUCUUUGUGGCAUGGAUUUCACAAGAUGUUGGAAACAUUCCUUUGAGAUUCUGGUCCAUGUUGACAUGAUUGCAUCACGUAAUUUCUGCAGAUUUGUCAGAUGCACAUUCAUGCUGCGAAUCUCCCGUUCUUCCACAUCCCAAAUGUGUUCUAUUGGAUUCAGAUCCGGUGACUGGGAAGGCCACUGAAGAACAGAGAACUCGUUGUCAUGUUCAUGAAACCAGUUUGAGACGACUUUUGCUUGGUGACAUGGUGCAUUAUCAUGCUGAAAGUAGCCAUUAGAAGAUAGGUAAAUUGUGGCAAUGAAUGGAAGCACAUGAUCAGCAACAAUACUGAAAUAGGCUGUGGCAUUCGAGCGAUGAUUGAUUGGUAUUAACUGGCCUAAAGUGUGGCAAGAAAACAUCCCCACACCAUUACACCACCACCACCCUGGACUGGUGACACAAGGCAGGUUGGGUCCAUGGAUUAAAGCUGUAGGUGAUAAAUUCUGACCCUACCAUCUGUGUGCCUAUGUAGAAAUAGAGAUUCAUCAGACCAGGCUAUGUUUUUUCAGUUUAUAAUAGUCCAGUUUUGGUGAGCUUGUGCCAACUGCAGCAUCAGCUUUCUGUUCUUGGCUGACAGAAGUGGAACCCAACGUGGUCUUCUGCUGUUGUAGCAUAUCUGCCUCAAGGUUCGACAUGUUGUGCAUUCUAAGAUGCUAUUCUGGUCACUAUAAUUGUACAAAAUGGUUAUCUGGGUUACCAUAGCCUUUCUGUCAGCUCGAACCAGUCUGGCCAUUCUCUGUUGACCUCUCUUAUCAACAUGGCAUUUCCAUCCGUAGAACUGCCGCUCACUGGAUGUUUUUCGUUUUUGGUACCAUUCUGAGUAACCUCUAGAGACUUGUGUGUGUGAAAAUCCCAGGAGAUCAGCAGUUACUCAAAACAGCCCAUCUGGCACCAACAAUAAUGCCAUGGUCGAAAUCACUGAGAUCACAUUUUUUCCCCAUUCUGAUGGAUAAUGUGAACAUUAACUGAAGCUCCUGACCCGUAUCUGCGUGAUUUUAUGCAUUGCAGUGCUGCCACACGAUUGGCUGAUUUGAUGAUCGCUUGAAUAAUUAGGUGUACAGGUCUUCCUAAUAAAGUGCUCAGUGAGUGUAUAAAUAUGGUAACCAUAUAUCAAAAUAUAAUGGUGGUACUAUGGUAUUCUUUGAAGUACUUGGAAGAACCAUGUCAAUACAGACUGGUUCAUAAAUAUGGUAGUUGUAAAUCAAAGUACCAUGGUAUUACCAUCUGAUACCACCAGAUAUAACAGUGUUAUUGCCCAGGUGUGCUCACACACACACAAGGAAUUUGGCCUCUGAACAGAAGCUUCCAGUACAUAUGGAAAAAGAACAGCUAGACACAGAAUUACUGGAUGAGAUGAAUUGUAUAUACAGUUCGUAGAGUUGUUAUAUACAGAAAUGUGCAAAAUAAAUUGUUCAAAUGGGUUUGUACAGGUAGUAGUAUAAAUAUGAAAAAUAAAAUGUAAAAAUAUUGAUUUUGCAUAUUGAAAACAUGGGUUUGUGUAGGUAGCAUGUAUAAAUAUGAGUUUACAUCUUUUUUUUUUUACAUGCAUAUACAUUUAUAUUGCUCCAUACUGUAUUGGACUAUACUAAAUUAUACUGUACAAUGGCUUUGAUAAAGUCAUAGUAUACUCUAAGUCUCUUUAGGACAGUAUAUUCUGUGCAUCUGGUUAAAAAAAAAUUAAGUAGUUUAAAUGUAGCAAGCUACUUUUGGAAUGUAGCUUGUAGUGUAACUUGCAACUUCCUCUAUAGCUUUUAGCUUAGCUUAACUAAUUUUUUUGUUGAGUAGUUGGUAACUUAGCUAGCUACAUUUGAGUAGCUUGCCCAACACUGGGGAUGAGAUAUUUCCCAAUUAAUCACAUUUCCGAAUUUCAGCUGCUGGCUCGAGGCACACCUAAAUGUGAAAUCUGCUCAAAUUUGCUACGAUAGCGCUGCCGCUGUGUUUAUACGCAACUUUUGCUGUCAAACUUUUUAAGUACCAACUUUGUAAACUUUGCUACCAGAAUUGUGCUGCAUUUUACGAAAUUCUACAUAUAGUUUUCUUUAAAUGCUUCAAUUAAUCAGUAGUCUAAUACUUUUUUUUUUUUUUUUGAGUUGUAGAUGUGUAAUGUCUCUAUACAUUUGAUGAUCUCUUUGAAAUUUGUGUAAUUUCUGUAAUAAUGUACAGUCGGCCAGACUUAUGCCAUGUCUGUGUGACAUCUAUGCUUAUUGUUACACAACUUUUUGCCAGAUAAAUGAAUAAAUGGACAUGAAAUAUUGAUUAGAAGUUGAAAUGAUUUAAUUAGCUUACUUGUCGAGAUGGCAGAGUGAUGCAAGAGAAGGACAGGAGCACAUACAGUUGAAGUCAGAAGUUUAAAUACACCUUAGCUAAAUAUAUUUAAACUCAGUUUUUCACAAUUCCUGACAUUUAAUCAUAGAAAACAUUCCCUGUCUUAGGUCAGUUAGGCUCACUACUUUAUUUUAAGAAUGUGAAAUAGUAGAGAGAAUAAUUUAUUUCAGCUUUUAUUUCUUUCAUCAUAUUCCCAGUGGGUCAGCAGUUUACAUACACUUUGUUAGUAUUUGGUAGCAUUACCUUUACAUUUUUUAACUUGGGUCAAACGUUUUGGGUAGCAUUCCACAAGCUUCUCACAAUAAGUUGCUGGAAUUUUGUCCCAUUCCUCCAGACAGAACUGGUGUAACUGAGUCAGGUUUUUAGGCCUCCUUGCUCGCACAUGCUUUUUCAGUUCUGCCCACAAAUUUUCUAUCGGAUUGAGGUCAGGGCUUUGUGAUGGCCACUCCAGUACCUUUACUUUGUUGUCCUUAAUCCAUUUUGCCACAACUUUGGAGGUAUGCUUGGGGUCAUUUUCCAUUUGGAAGACCCAUUUGCGACCGAGCUUUAACUUCCUGGCUGAUGUCUUGAGAUGUUGCUUCAAUAUAUCCACAUAAUUUUCCUUCCUCAUGAUGCCAUCUAUUUUGUGAAGUGCACCAGUCCCUCCUGCAGCAAAGCACCCCCACAACAUGAUGCUGCCACCCCCAUGCUUCACAGUUGGGAUGGUGUUUUUUGGCUUGUAAGCCUCACCCUUUUUCCUCCAAACAUAACGAUGGUCAUUAUGGCCAAACAAUUAAAUUUUUGUUUCAUCAGACCAGAGGACAUUUCUCCAAAAAGAGCAGUGGCUUUUUUCUUGCUAAGCAGCAUUUCAGGUUAUGCCGAUAUAGGACUCAUUUAACUGUGGAUAUAGAUACUUGUCUACCUGUUUCCUCCAGCAUCUUCAAUUUCAAGUUUUAUUAGUCACAUACAUAACCGUACACAGUACGACAUGUAGUGACAUUCUUGGUACGACUUUUCUCCCCACAAUUUACGAUAAAAUAAAUAUAUAUAGAUGAGUAAAAAUAGAAGUAAAAAAAAAAAUUAUUAUUACAAUAAAAAAUGUUAAUAUUGCUUCAAGUGUGUGGUGUUGAACAGUGAACCUAGUC